GCAGCAGACUUCAACCAACUCUUUGUCCCUCAUCUUCUUCCUCACUCAUUCCGCUGCCUCACGAUACUCACCGAAGAAGCGUGCGAGUAUUUUGAAGCUCAAGAAAAGCUUCCCCUUUCACCGUCGGAUUCAUACUAAAUUUUCUUGGAAAAAAAUGAUUCAGCAUUCGAUAUUGAUAAAACCUUCUUCUGUCUCAUUCCCGACCCCAUUUCAAAGAGUCCCCAAAUGUUGCAACUUGUAUAAUAACCCCUUACCUUCAUUAAUUCGUUGUGAAGCGGCGGAUUCAUCAUUGUCGUCGUCUAAGAUUGGUGGGGAACGAGCGUCAUUGUCGUCAACGACGACGUCGCUUCCAGAGAUGGCAAAGUUGAUGGAAUCGGAGAAGAAGAGCGGGUCGUACCCUGGUGGGAUGGGCCCGUACACCGGAAGAGACCCGAAUGUGAAGAAGCCAGCGUGGUUGAGGCAGAGAGCUCCUCAAGGUGAUCGGUUUGAAGAGAUUAAGAAAUCGUUGUCCCAUUUGAAACUUAACACGGUCUGUGAGGAGGCUCAGUGCCCGAAUAUUGGAGAGUGUUGGAAUGGAGGGGGGGAUGGUAUAGCAACAGCAACAAUCAUGCUUCUGGGAGAUACUUGCACCCGUGGGUGUAGAUUUUGUGCUGUGAAGACCAGUAGAAAUCCGGCGCCACCUGAUCCAAUGGAACCAGAAAAUACUGCCAAGGCCAUUGCAAGCUGGGGUGUAGAUUAUAUUGUCCUAACAAGUGUAGAUCGUGAUGACAUACCUGAUGGAGGAAGUGGACAUUUUGCUCAGACUGUCAAAGCUAUGAAGAAGUUGAAACCAGAGAUCAUGGUUGAGUGUUUAACAUCUGAUUUCCGGGGUGACUUGAAGGCUGUAGAGACUCUGGUUCACUCAGGCUUAGAUGUCUUCGCUCACAACAUUGAAACAGUGAAACGGCUUCAAAGAAUUGUUAGAGAUCCCAGGGCUGGGUAUGAACAAAGCUUGUCAGUUCUAAAACAUGCAAAACAUAGCAAGGAGGGCAUGAUAACAAAAACUUCUAUAAUGCUGGGCCUAGGAGAGUCCGAUGAUGAGGUGAAGGAAGCUAUGGCUGAUUUAAGGUCUAUUGAUGUUGAUAUUCUGACGUUCGGUCAGUAUUUGCAGCCGACUCCAUUGCACUUGACUGUCAAAGAGUAUGUCAGUCCUGAGAAAUUUGCUUUCUGGAGAGAAUAUGGGGAAUCUAUUGGUUUCCGAUAUGUAGCCAGUGGACCUCUGGUGCGGUCUUCAUACAGGGCCGGGGAGCUGUUUGUGCAGACAAUGGUGAGAGAGAGCACAAAGAAUGCUAAUGGCUCGGCCUAGUAACUUAGAGCUCUGUGAUUUGGAAGCUGAGCAGCAACGAAGAGAUUGCCACAUACGUAUUGGUGUUGAAUGCUUAGGCCAAUGAUUAGGGUAUCUACUUUUAUUGUUAAUUAUAUAAUCGUAUUAAUUUCCGUGAGAAAUUCUGCGAUUAUUUCAUAUUUUAUGGGUAUAUUUAUUCAUUAUAUGCUGGAAACACAGAAUGAUCACGAUAGCUGAUGAUUAUUCUUUCAAUGUUAAUGAGUGAAACACUGUAGGCUAUAGAACUUUUUUCCUUUUUUGGCCAUCAAUUAUAGGCUAUAGAACUUGAUUAUUUGUUGAUUGUCUAAAGCUAAGGACUGUAGAGUAAUAUCGUUUGCGGGGCAGGGUUUUGGUACUGAUCUUCAUGAAACCUAUUUGUUUCACAGCUCUUAUAUGUACAUCCGCAAAUAAAUUUUGAUGCAA